CAGGUGUCUCGUUUGGAUUGCAUCACUCACGUGGAAGUCGACGCCCUGUUGAGUGUUAUACGCCGGUGCUGGCAUCUGAGAAGGAACACAGAGCAGUGAUAACCGAACAUUUUACGGCUGUGCAGAAAACAGUGAGUCGAAGUGUUCUGAAGAUGCUGAUGUAGAGCAAUCACGGGCGCAGCUCUUGGAGACGACUGAGUCCGCGUGGUUUGGACACAAGCAAUUCAGUGAGUGCUGUUCGGGGACGAGUGAGACGGCGAAGGAGGGUUUGUGCAACGCUGGAAAUUGACUAGACUGGGUAGUGGGCAUUGCUACCCAGUCAUAUUGUUACUGGAGCUAUACAAUUGAUUCAAAUGGAAAAUGCCAAGAAAUCCCUUGAUGUGUUCUCAACCUCCCUGUCAAAAUGCAUAUCAGCCUGUGGUUCUAUGACGCAGCAGUUCUUACCACGUUGGCCUCAGCAUUCCAGACCCUUCCGAGUCAUCAACUCUGAUCGCUCCAUUAAGAAAGGCAUAAUGGCGUAUGACCUGAAAGACCUACAAAACAAGGUGAUGGAGGUAUUCCACAUGCACUGCAUCAGUGCUUUAGUGUUGGAUGAGGAUGGAACUGGAGUGGAUACAGAGGACUUUUUUCAGACCAUAAAAGACAACACUGUCCUCAUGGUCUUAAGGGUAGGACAGAAGUGGGCUCCACAGCAGAGAUACCUUCCAGGUCAGAAGAAAGUAAAAAGGACACAUACUACCAAGAGUGGUCCUGGAUAUGGCUGGGAAAAGCCAAGAAAAGACGUUGCUAAACUGACCAUUGAUCUUUACAAAAACCACCCACAGGAUUUUAUUGGCUGCCUAAAUGUGCAGGCAGCCUUGUAUGGAAUAUACUCUGUUUCAUAUGAUUUGCAGUGCUAUAAGGCAAAAAGAAUGCUAAGGGAAGCCUUAAAAUGGACUCUCUUCACUAUGCAGACUAUUGGACAUGUUUUAGUUGGAACUUCAUGUUAUAUUCAGCAUCUUAUUGAUGAGGACGAGAAAACAGAGGCACAACUGAUAUCGCCUGCAUGUAUCAUCAAGCAGUUAGAACAUUAAAUGAUGAUGUUUCACAGCUUGGGCAAACUUACAAGAGUGCACUUAUUGUAGAUUUAAUGCUUGAUAGUUUGAUAUUUGUGAGUUAUUUUCCUCUGUGUAAACAGUAGGGCUGCCCUCAACUAAAGAUUUUUCUGGUCGACAAGUAGUUGUUUAUUUUAAGCAGUAGUCGACUAAUCACACGUUUAUUAAUAAGCCCUUUAAAUCAUGAUAAUGAGCCUUUAAUUGCCUACAUAGCCUAAUAAGCGCUCAAGCGCACGCAUAAAGCUUGCCACAGCACACCGGCAGAAGUAAUGAUCAUGAAUGUGUCAGGGAAAAACAGUAAGAUUAAACUGCAUUAACAUUUUAAUCAUCUAUUGAUAAGAUAUGAAUUUGGCGACACUGACUCGGCAUCUCCACAGUAGUGGAUGCACCUGCAUGCAAGUUUCAUACUGAUUACAUAAUCUGAUUUCAGAUUUGAAUCGUUUCAUUUGAAAGUAGACAUUUCAAUCUCUUUAGAUAUAUUUUCAUGUCUGUAAGGCAAGUGCACUUAAGUUCACAGAGGCCAAGACAGCAGAAAGCGCACCCCGUUUGCUUUCAUUAUUUUUCAAAAGCGCAAUAUUUUGUUGUUAUAGUGAGUGCACACAAAUAAAUGUAGAGGCUUUACAGAUUCAAAAGAUGCAUUACUCUUAUCUACAGUGUUGGGCAGUGACUCAUAACUUAGUAACGCGUUACUGUAAUUUGAUUACUUUUUUAGUAACGGAGUAAUCUAAUGUGUUAUAAUUUUCAAAAUAGUAAUUUAAGUAUAGUUACAAGCCGAGGUCUCUAUAUGUUACUGCCGCAUUACAAUGCAUUACAUUGCUGUGUUUUAUAAUCUAGAGAUUGUAAAAAGGAUGUAGCACAUGCACUGUCGAGUCAAGUGCCAGUGGAUUAGUAGUCUCAGACGUCACGCCCACGGACCGUUUGCUAAACGUCUAAUGCAUAUGGGACACAAAAGUGGAAACGCUUCAGGAGAGUCGAAGUCGUCAUCAGAUUGAUUGAAUUCUACAGGAUUUCCGGGAGACAUGUGUGUCACGUUAUUUAACGUUCCGCUUGGAAACAAAGAUGCCGUGACGCCAAACCCCCUCACUAAAGAAGAAAGCCGUAAUGUUUACAACUGUGACGACGAGCGCUUAUAAGUAUCAACUAAACACUGGAGUUUCAAAAGUAUGUGAAAUAUUUAAAGUUUGUGGCAUAGAAUCUUUCAAAAACGUCAGAGUUUUACACACUGGUCUGUUAUUGUGGCGACAUUUCAAGGCCCCGAAACGUGAUGCUAAGCGAAACGAACUGUGAUUGGUUGUUUGACAUGUCGGUCAAACGGCCUCAUGGGCGGGUCUUGACCAAAGAAAGCUGCCAUGAAUUCCAGACCUUCAGUCUGUAGGUCUGGCUACGUGAGACUAGUGGAUUAGAGACCUGCUCCCGCGAGACCAGAAACAACAGAUCGCGGCGCGUGGCUAGGGACAAGAUGCUGAUGUGAGUGGGUAGACACUCGUGUGUGUGCGGGAUGCGGGAGAAUAGAACAAUUCACGGGACUCCUGCAAAAUAGAAAUAUCUAAACAUAAAAUAUCUAAAACAAAUAAAUUGUUAUUCAUCUAUUGCACAAAAGCAACAUGAACUAAUAUAAAAUAUAAACGAUUAACAGGUGCAAGCAUAUGCAGAGUUUCUAUUUAGGCUAUAACACGUGUUUGCAGCAUUGAGCAAUGUAGGGCAGACAUUUGCGUGCUCACGAAUCCUCUCAUUAUAACACACGGAUUGUAGACAUUAUGAAAGAUUCAUUAUGCAUAUAUUUAUUGUGUUAUAACAGAGAUUUGUGAGAUUGCGAUGAUCUGAGAUGUCUUUUAGAGAUUAUAAACGCAGCACUAUUUGCUGGCAUUCUGCCAAACCAUGCAUGCAGCAGCACAUGCUUGCUUUAAUUACAAAUAACAGUGUUCUGUGAACAUUGAUGCUUUAAUAACAAAUAUUUAUCAGGAGCGUGUAUGCUGGGAUUUCAUCAAUUUCACGGAGAAAAAAGUAACGUAACUAGUAAUGUAAUUAAUUACUAAUUACUUUUGAAAUAAAGUAAUCAGAACUGUAAUGUGAUUACUUUUAAAAGGAGUAAUCAGUAAUUUGAUUACAUUUUCAGAGAAACUUGCCCAACAAUGCUUAUCUACAGUAUAUGACCAAAAUUAGUAUUUUAAGAGCAAGUGACCGCAAGUAAACGUGCUACUGUUCAGACAAUUGAAUAGCGCACAUUUUUCUAGGUUGGGUUAGAUUAGGUGACCAUGUAAAGUUGCUACUACUUACAUAUUUCAGAUGAUAAGCCAUAUUUAAGUUCGAUGAAUGAUAGGAGAGCGUUUGGAUGUUCUGUAUUACCACAAAAUCCACUUUUUUUUUUUUCUGCGACUAAGCGACUAAUAAAAUUUUGGUCGACCAAGCCUCUUCUCGUUGACUAAAGGUUAGUCGACUAUUAGGGGGCAGCCCUAGUAAACAGUAAAAUGUACAGUUAAAUUGUGCAUAUAAUUUUAUAUUUUACUCCUAAUAUUGUAUUUCUACAUCUGAAUUAAACAUUUCAUGUGAUAAAAUUAGUUGUCAAAGUUAAGGAGGUUAACACAUAAAAUGUUUUAAGUUAUUUCAUUUAAUUUGGUUUUAGAUUAUAAUUGCCAUCCUCUCAGAAAUGUAAUCCCAACUCUUACAUAUACUGUAUUUUGUUUUGCUGCAUUAAAAAAGUUAUGAAUCUAAGAAUGUAACUAAACUACAAUAAAUAAA